AUGUCGUAUGGAACAAUCGCAUCGGUGGAGGAUCCUCCCAGCGCGGAUCUCGCUCAGGAGCACGAACAGGACGAUGAACACGCCCAAGAGGAUGAACCGCUGCUCCCCGCCGUAGACUGGAAACCUCCCAAAGGGUUCCUUUGGAUAGAAGUCGCAAUUUUCGCCAAUGUUUUCCUCUCCGGCUUCGACGGCACAAUCACAGCCUCGACCUACGCGCUCAUCAGCUCCGAGUUCAAGGCCGCAAACACCUCCUCCUGGCUUACAACCUCAUACCUGAUCACCAGCACGGCAUUCCAGCCUCUGUACGGCAGGUUCUCUGACAUCUUUGGCCGGCGAGCCUGCUUUUUCACGUCCACCAUCAGCUUCCUCCUCGGUUGCCUGGGCUGCGCCGUUGCGCAAGAUGUCGUCUUUCUGAAUCUCAUGAGGGCCCUGACGGGCGUCGGUGGAGGGGGUCUCAUGACGAUGGCUACAAUCAUAAACUCCGACAUGAUCCCCUUUCAUCGCCGCGGUAUGUACCAAGCCGCGCAGAACGUCCUGCACGGGUUCGGGUCUAUCUGCGGGGCGUCGCUCGGCGGGUCUAUUGCAAAUACGAUCGGUUGGCGGUGGUGCUUUCUUUUACAGGUGCCCGUGUCCGUUUUUGCGCUUGCGAUCGGACGGAUCGUUAUCCCUAUGCCGCAGAAACCUCCUACGGGCGUUGGCUGGAGUGUUUGGAAGCAAGUUGACCUUACGGGUGCGCUCCUCCUCAUUCUCGGUCUGUCCGUGCAGCUGGUCGGCUUGAGUCUGGGUGGCAAUGAGCUCCCUUGGAGUAACGGAUGGGUUGUUUCUAGUCUGCUCGGCAGCCUGGUCCUGUUGGGCGGGUUCAUAGUCGUCGAGGCAAAGACAAGUGCUAUCCCUGUCAUCCCGCUGCGGAUGUUGAAAGGUCUCUUGCCGGUUUCCACGCAAAUCGCCAAUGUUUGCGUUGGGAUGGCAGCUUACGCUUUCCUCUUCAACCUCCCUCUCUUCUUCCAAAUCGUGCUGCUAGACAGCGCAUCCAAAGCGGGUGCCCGUCUUGUGAUUCCGUCCCUCGCGACGCCCGUCGGCGGACUCCUGUCUGGAAUCGUCAUGUCCCACUACGGCAAACUGAGCUACCUAAUGCGUGCAGGUGCUAUGCUCAUGUUUCUGGGGAACCUGCUUGUAAUGAUAUUGGACUUUGAAGACUCGGCAUGGAAGUACUUUGUUUACGUUAUACCUGCGAACCUGGGACAGGGCGUUGUGUACCCGGCAAUUCUAUUUACGGUGUUGGCGGCUUUUGGGCAUGAAGACCAUGCAGUAUCUGCCUCGACAGUAUACCUCAUCCGCUCGCUGGGAACGGUCUACGGUGUUGCGAUCACGUCUGCAAUCGUGCAGAAUGAGCUCGUGCGCUCCCUACCGGGGGCGUUGCGAGGUGUACCAAAUAAAUGGAAAGUGAUCGACGAGAUCAGACACUCCGUCAGUGCGAUCUAUACCCUCGAACCAGAGAUCCAGCUCGCAGCAAGACAUGUCUACUACGGCGGGAUUCGGAUGGCGUUUGCGGUUAGCGCAGGGUUCGGCGCUGUUGCUGUUGUUGCGGCGUUGUUCGCAAGAGGACGGGGCCUGAAGAGGGGGGAAUGA